AUGGCGUGUCUUCGUGCUUCCUCCUGUGAAGUAUGUAGUUCCGCAGCUGGCUUCAGGCAGCAAGGAGAUGGCAUGUCUGUUGCAUGCGGAGGGAAUCGACACCCUCCCGAAGUGUUCGACCUUCGAACAGAUGAAUCAAGUCAAGAAAGUCUUAGUUCUACAGCAGCGACUCCUGAGAUCUAUGAGCUGGAGUGGCAUCACAGAGACAGCGGAAAUGGAGUGGUAUCUGCAGCAGCCGAGCAAAAAGGCAUGUCUGUCGUAGUCAAGCUGCCUGUUGUUUCCCAGAAUGCCGAAAUUGAGGAGAAUUUGCUGCAGUCUCAGGUGACCAGUAGCUUGUUGAGAAGCAUUAACAUGCUAACAACCGACACUGUGAGCCUCGACGCUUUUCUCGAGUUCCCUCAAGCUUUCCGAAAUAUGGUUAACCUCACCAUCAUUCAAUACGAAGGACUGCAGUUGGAGGCUCACCGGCUUGAUUCUCUGGGGUACCUUCCAUCCCUAAAACAGUUGCACUUGAAAAACUGUGGCCUACAGAACUUGGAUUUUCUAAUUGCGUUUGUUGGCGGCGCACCUCUGGAAGAUAUUGAUGUUGCCUGUAACGCUAUUAGUGCGCUCCCGCCUAGGACAGCCUUCACACAAGUCAACCAUCCACAUAGAAUCAAGCAAUCACAAAGCCAGGUCACUGCAACGAAGUGCCCUCAGAAACAAAGCGGAGCGUUUCCUCUAUCGCUGCGUACUCUCGACCUCUCCGGCAACGCGAUUGAGGACGUGAGCUCACUAGAGGCAUUAGCCGCGUUCCCCAGUCUUGAAGUUCUGCGACUUUUUGGGAACAAGUUGAACAAAGACCUCGCCUUUAACACUUCGUUCAUAAGCUUGCUGAUGAGCUGCCCGCUGCUUCAGCACUCUGUUUGUGACGGGCUCACUUACGUCAGCUGCCCAGACACAAACCAGUCGUUUCUGACCAGAAACAACGCGCAUUUUUGUAAAGACUCGAAGUCACCUAGAUACAAAGCUGGUGUCGGUCUACCAAAUGAGCACUCAGCGACUCUCGAGAACGCAGCAUGCGACAAAGAACGCAAGGACGAGCAAGAGCCUGCUGCCGACAUUCCCUGUGAUGCGAUCACAGCUUCAGGCGCUCAAAAGAUUUCGACUGGAACCGACGCACAAGGAAACAGCAAAAGCCAUCUCGUGAAAAACGAGCACCCAGAGUGUGACGUCCAUGCGGUAGCGCAGCGACGGAUCGUCACUCACCAACCCGAGCAGAGAGAUACCAGAACUUGUUUUGGCCUGGGUUUGGACAGUAGGCUCGAUACUCGAGAAUUGGACUCUUCGGCGCAGCACGAGCAACUUCUUCGGCGAUCGUCUACAGCUGGUCAGCUCAGUGUUGCGAUUACCUCAGAGAUGUGUGACUGCCCUCAAGCGGAUCUUGAGAUCAUAAAGAAGUCCAAGUUUGACCGAGGCCAGCACUUUCGUAACAGUAUUGUCGAAAGCGGCUCAAGUGAAGCGAAGAGGAGAUCUGUGUCUGAGGGGAGCAGAAACCUUCCACCGAGCCAAGACGUAGACCAACACCGUACCCGGAUGAGCACACGUUCAGCUGUCGAGCGUCGCCCCUGUAGGUGGCCACCGCCGGUAUCUACCAGCUCGUUCCUAAGGUUUUUCGAGGAGAAAGAGAGGAUGGCAUACGUCUUGCGAUCUGAUAUCCCAGCCCUUCUCGGUAUGUUCCACAAUAGCAAAGUCACCGAGGCCACUCUUCGUUCUCAGCAGCGACAGUGUUACUUAGCUACACAACAAAAAGACAUCCAGGCAAACGCUCAUUUCAACAGGUGCAAAGAGCACCUCGCCAGGCUGCAGAGAGCUAGGCGAGCCUUCAUUUCUGGACUUUACCGCCUUAGUCAAACCCCCGGAGCUGCUAACCUCUAUGAACGGACGGCGACAGCUAUUGCGCAACUGGAAAGCCUCCGGCAGAGCCUACCAGCCGUUAGCAUUCCUGGGGCCACCGAACACGCCAUCCUUAUUUUGCAGGCACUUUUACGUCUUUGGCAACUCGAACAGCUCCUCAUUAGUCGUUUUCUCACUGAAGCACAACAGUAUCUGCGGUGCUUGGCACACCUGACAAAAGGACACAGAGAACUUCGAUCAUUUGACGCUGCGUGCUCCGCCACGGUGGCAGUUCAAGAGUACAUUCAAGCCUUGCUUCCAAGGCAAGGUGGCUCCACCUCAUCCUGGACGGCCGGGAGUUCAAGAAAUCACCAAACAGAAGACGCACAGCCCUGUAAGACGACAUGUGUGGGUAGAGUGGAGACCGAAAGUGAGGGGGUGGCUCCAGUCGACUAUACGUUUCAGCCAGGUCCCAGUUGGCCUGAAAACGAAACAAAACACGGAUCUCCGUGCUCUUCGUCAGUUUCGGCUCGUGAUGCCACGGAAGCUGUUAGACAAACCAGUUUUAGGAGGAGUGGGUCUGCAGUGGCAUAUGGUGGAUCUCGUGUUCCCUGUUCAUGGACAAGCCAACAACGUGGCUCUUCUUACUCCGGACGAACGUCGUUUCGCCUCCACGUGGACAGUGGCGGCGAGCACUGCUUCAAGGAUUCCCAUCCUCAGACAGAAACGAUCAAGUGUUUGCAUCUUCAGGGUACCAUGGAAAUGGGCGCAAGUGAGGCCCGUCCGCAGCCUGCAUCCAGUCCGGAUACCCAGCAUCCCACACCAACUUCCCCAAUGCGCUGUGUUGGAGAGACAGAGCAACCCUUCCUUCGCGGCGGAGCUCACAGGCGCACGAAUAUGCUGAUGUCGACCCGCUCAUCCUCUGGUAUCAUUGAUAACGGGGUCCCGAUCUGUGCAGAAAAUCUCACUGAAGAAAACGUAACGACAGAUCCCCCACUAGCCGUUUUCGCUGCCCUAACAGGUAGCAGAAGCAUUUCAUUGCCUGUUGCCGUCACUUUAUCAAGCGAAGAUGAAGGAGUAACUCUUGCACAUGACACCGAUACCGGAGGCAGUUGCCGCGAUAACUCCCGAAGACACACUUCUCAGAGUCGUUCAGCACAAAGAAAAAUGCAUUUUAAGUUGCCAGGACCUUCCUGUUAA